UUAUUUAUAUUAUAAAAUCUAAACAGAUGUAAACAAAUAACGAAAUAAUAAAAAAAGGGUUUUUGGUUCUCUAUUAAUAAAAUUCAUUUUUUAUUUAUGCAUAAGCCUUUUUACAAAAACAACUUACUUCGUACAAUCUUUUAAAGCAAAGAAAAUGAGUCAUGAGGUCCAUCAGGAGCAAGAGCUUGAGAAUACAUGUAGCAGAGAUGCUCAGAUUGAUUUAUUUAAUUUAAUUGGAGGAAGCUGGCCACCAGCUCCGAAAGAACCUGAGCAUCCAGAGUAUGGAUCAGUACAACUCAGUCCCAGACGCAAUAUGCAACAUACAAAUCAUCAUGAACGGGUCAAAUCUGUGAAUCUAAUUAAUCAUAUAACACCGGAGAGGCGUAGAAAUAGACCUACUACAUCUUCAAAUAUACAAGUUACAGAAGAUUACUCUCAGAAUAUAAAGAUGGUCCAUGAAGCUAAAAAAAAUGAAACUAGUCUUUUGGUCGACGUCUGCAGCGGAGAUGGGCCUGAGGACUUGUAUGAUUCUCCAUCAUUGGGAUCGCCCCGAGCGGUAACAUCAAAUACGAAGCCUUCCUGCCCCUCACCUGAACACUUGCAAGACGACAUCGGGGUCGGAUCGCUCGUCGAAGUCGCAACUGACGUCGAUCAAAACUACUACGGCGUCGUUAGGUGGAUAGGCCUUAUAGAAGACAUAGCGACGGCGGGCGUGGAGCUGGAGCAGAGCGUGUGCGGGCUGGGCGACGGCGGCCACAAGGGCACGCGGCUGUUCUCGUGCGGCGCGGGGCGCGCGCUGUUCGUGCCGCUGCCGCUGUGCCGCCGCGACGCGCGCUUCCGCGACACGCCGCCGCCCGAGCCGCUGCGCGACGAGCGCUCCGACCAGCCGGAUUGUCCCGUUGUCACCGGUGUGGUUCCGCCUUUAAACUCGCUCGGUGAGCUCGCGGGGAAGAAUCGGGGAAUUCAGGGACAUCACAACUCGUGCUAUCUCGACGCAACGCUCUUCGCCAUGUUCACCUUUACCAGCGUGUUCGACGCGCUGCUCUACCGGCCGCCGGAGCCCGAGGACUCGCCGCACUACUCCGAGGUGCAGCGCGUGCUGCGCGAGGAGGUGGUGAACCCGCUGCGGCGCCACGGGUACGUGCGCGCAGACCGCGUCAUGAAGCUGCGCACGCUGCUCGAGCGCCUGUCCGACGUGCCGGGGCUCACCUCCGAGGAGAAGGAUCCAGAAGAAUUCUUGAACGGUUUGGUCGCACAGUUGCUCAGAGCUGAGCCCUUUCUCAAAUUAUCCUCGGGUCAAGAAGCGUACUGUUACCAGCUUUUCGUCGAAAAAGACGAACAUAUAACACUACCGAGCGUGCAACAGCUAUUGGAACAGUCUUUCGCCACAUCUGGAGUGAAAUUAAGUGAGGUCCCAGCUGCAUUUAUUAUUCAAAUGCCUCGGUUUGGGAAACAAUAUAAAUUGUAUCAGCGAGUACAGCCAUCUCCUUUAUUGGACGUCACGGAUCUUAUAGAAGGAUUGCCGCGGCAGUGCGCGGUGUGCGGGUCGCUGGCGCGCUGGGAGUGCGGCGCGUGCGCGGCGGGCGGCGCGCUGGACGCGGGCGCGCUGUGCGGCGCGUGCCUGCGCCUCGCGCACGCCGCGCGCCCCGACCACAAGGCCACACCUUUGUCUAUUUGCGAGGAGUAUGCUAACAUUCUCGAGUCGUCACCUAUUCCGCGCGUGUAUAUGGAGCUGUUCGCGGUGCUAUGCAUAGAAACCAGCCACUACGUGGCCUUCGUGAAGACGGGCGCAGGCCACGAUGCGCCUUGGUGCUUCUUCGAUUCCAUGGCCGAUAGGAAAGGCGAGCGCAACGGCUACAAUAUCCCGGAAAUCGUGGAGAUCUCGGAGCUGUGCGCGUGGCUGAGCGAGGAGGGCCGCGCGCUGCACGCCGCCGCGCCGCUGGACCGCCACCUGCCCGCGCCCGCCAAGCGCCUGCUGGCCGACGCCUACAUGUGCUUCUACCGCAGCCCCGACCUCGCCAUGUACCGGUAGUCCGGCCGACCCGCCGCUACUGGUCGUUACGUACGGCUUGAUAGUUAUUCUCGCUAGUUUCAAAAUAAUUAAUUAUUUCAAAAAUGAGCGAAUUAUAAUUGAUCAUUAUUGAUCGAUACAUUUUUUUAAGUUGUAAUCUUUAUAUCUCGUA